ACUGCUGCGCGGCGGGCGGCUCCGGGUUCUCGGGGAGCUGACAUGCCUCGGUAUGCGCAGCUGGUCAUGGGCCCCGCAGGCAGCGGGAAGCCCCAGAUACUGCGCUGAACACCUCAUUUGUUUCCACAACAACCCUCUAAAAUAAGCCCUAUUAAUCCGGCUGUACAGAUAAGGGAAAUGAGACACGGAAAGGUUCUUUGCUCGGGAUCACAGCUAAGUACUUACUGCGCCACCAUGGUCCAGCACUGUGAAGCCCUCAAUCGGUCUGUCCAGGUUGUGAACCUUGAUCCUGCAGCAGAACACUUCAACUACUCCGUAAUGGCUGACAUCCGGGAACUGAUCGAGGUGGAUGACGUGAUGGAGGAUGAUUCUCUGCGGUUCGGUCCCAAUGGAGGAUUGGUGUUUUGCAUGGAGUACUUCGCCAAUCAUUUUGACUGGCUAGAGAGCUGUCUUGGCCACGUAGAGGAUGACUACAUCCUUUUUGACUGUCCAGGUCAGAUCGAGUUGUAUACGCAUCUGCCUGUGAUGAAACAACUGGUCCAGCGGCUAGAACAGUGGGAGUUCCGAGUCUGUGGAGUUUUUCUGGUCGAUUCACAGUUUAUGGUGGAGUCUUUUAAGUUUAUUUCUGGCAUCUUGGCGGCCCUGAGCGCUAUGAUCUCUCUAGAAAUUCCACAAGUUAACAUCAUGACGAAAAUGGACCUGCUGAGUAAGAAAGCUAAGAAGGAAAUUGAGAAGUUUCUAGAUCCAGACAUGUAUUCUUUAUUAGAUGAUUCCCCAAGUGACUUAAGAAGCAAAAAAUUCAAAAAAUUGACUAAAGCUAUAUGUGGACUGAUUGACGACUACAGCAUGGUUCGAUUUUUGCCUUACGAUCAGUCAGAUGAAGAAAGCAUGAACAUUGUAUUACAGCAUAUUGAUUUUGCCAUUCAGUAUGGAGAAGAUUUGGAAUUUAAAGAACCAAAGGAACAUGAAGAUGAGUCGUCUUCUAUGUUUGAUGAAUAUUUUCAAGAACAUCAGAAUGAAUAAAGAGUUUAUUAACAUGUAAAUGUAUAUAUGCAAAGAGCUUGUGGCUGAACCGGCAAAAUAUUUUUCUCAAAGGAUGCAAUACUAAAAAGCUGCUUAUUUUAAUGAAAAAAAUAAUACUUGGCUCUUUAUCAACAGCACACCUGAAUCAAGUUCUUGGUUAUUCUGAAACUGCUGCUAUUUAAAGUGGAAUCUUUUAGUGUUAUAUUUUUACUAAGCAUCAGUUUAGAUCAGGGGUCCUCAAACUUUUUAAACAGGGGGCCAGUUCACUGUCCCUCAGACCGUUGGAGGGCCGGACUAU